UGCAGAGGUAUCGGGGGCAGCAUGGUGGAUCAACAGCAGCCGGAUCAGCAACAGGAAGCCGUGCCAAGCGUGGUGGAGUUGAACGUGGGCGGUGUAUUUUACACCACCGCGUUGACCACCCUCACCCGCGAGAGCGAUUCUCAUCUUGCGACUUUGUUCUCCGGAAAAACGCCGGUCGAGAAGGACGCGAAGGGCCGAUAUUUCUUGGAUCGGGACGGGGUGCUUUUCCGUUACGUUCUCGAUUUUCUACGAAAUCAGGCUCUCGUUCUGCCCGAGGGGUUCCGAGAGAAGGAACGAUUGCGACAGGAGGCGAAUUUCUACGGUCUCCCUGGAUUGGAGCGAGCCGUGCUGGAGAACAACUGCAAGUUCGCCGGUUCUCUGACCAUGUCGGGGAAAAGAACGUCCGGAUACAUAAUCGUUGGCUAUCGCGGCAGCUUCGCGUUUGGUCGCGAGGGUCUGGCGGAUGUCAAGUUCCGAAAAUUGUCCAGAAUACUGGUGUGUGGCCGCGUGACACUUUGCAGGGACGUAUUCGGCGAGACGUUGAACGAGAGCCGCGAUCCCGAUCACGGGAGUUCGGAUCGUUACACGGCCAGGUUCUUUCUGAAGCACAGCUCGAUCGAACAGGCGUUCGACAUGCUACAGGAACAGGGAUUCAAGCUGGCCGGCAGCUGCGGUUCCGGUACCGCUGGCGGCAGCGCGGAGCAACUGAAACCCGGCGUGGACUCCGAGGAGAAUCGUUGGAAUCAUUACAACGAGUUCGUUUUUGUCCGCGAUUAA